CAUUCUUCACAAAAUGAUCUACUGGAGAUAUGCAAUUUUGUGGUGCACUCUCUGCUUGGCACCAAUAUGGGCGAACCUACCACCAAAAGUGCUAGAGUUGAAGGACUCUCUCAUGCAUGAAAUGCAAGCGCUUCAAAGCGUCAUCCCUGGCCACCACCCAGUCGAUCACCGAACCGACCACCAGGUGCAAACCAUUAUGGAUGAGUUUCUAGCGCUGAAUCAAAACAGCAUUGAUGCGAUUCUACGGGUUCUGGUGCUAAUCGAUCAUGGUUUGGCAAAUGCCAUUCACGACUGUGAACGCGUUGCUGGACUCCCUUCGCUGGAAAGCGAUAAUGCGAUUUUCGAGUGGGUCACAAAACCACUGCUCUUGAAGGUGCGCGACCUUUGUGGUUUAAUUUCUUCGAAUGCGAUUGAUCAGGUGGAAGCGAGCUUGGAAGGGGUGGAGCUCGAAGCGUCCCUCUAUAGGCGUAGGUUGGAUGGCACCUUGAAGGAUAUCGCCAUUGUUUCCGGUCGUUUGGAGAGUGACAUUUUGGAGGAACGGUCCCGUCAGGAAGAGAAAAAGGCUUCGGACCAGCUUAGGCAAGUGAACGAAACGCUGACGGUGGAGUUGGAUGCGACUUUUUCUAAAUAUUCCAUGAAAUGGAUGGAACUGUACAGAAAUCUUGCGAAUGUGAUUCCAGAAGAAAUCGUCAUGACUUUGGAUAAGUACCCUUCGGUUGCAAUGGUGUAUGAUUUUUUCGAUUUCUUGGACAAUGAAACCGCGGUUCUGCAAAGUGAAAUGCACGAGUUGUUGGAUUAUUGGAUAGAUUUGGUGGAAGAAGCGAUGGAUGGAGUAUCGAAUUCAACUAUUGAGACCGAUGGAUUUCUUCGAGAGUACCCUUUGGAGCUGUUCUUAGAGCACAAAACAAAGCUAGAUUGUGUUGCAAGGUACUUCCAAGGCUAUGACAGUAGAGUUUUGUAUUCAGUGAAUAAAUAUUAUCGAUGCGUUGAUUUUUCUGCGGAAAUGAAUAAAGCUUUCCGUCGAAUUGAUACGAUUCUGGAGUCAGCAGAUAAAGCCAUAGAAUACAUUAUGGAAACCUACGUGAAUUGCGCAACAUUUAUUCAACAGUUUCAGAAUGAUUUACCCCUAGAGGAAUGUUUAUCAGAAAUACAUGAUCUGCUCAAUCAAACGCAAGCAUUUGUGGAGUAUAAAUCCGACGAAAUUUACAAUCACGUGGUUGACGGGAUGAUGCUGAAUGAAGUCACGAUUAAUGCGUGUCUGUAUGCACAAGUCGUGGAAGUGAUGUUGCGCAAUGGCGAAUAUUUGGAAGGUCUAGAGUCCUGUUACGGGGACGAAGGGAUAAAUUAGUACACACAUUCCGAAGCUCUAUCUAAAUGGUGUCGAAAUAUGAGCAUUUUCUGAGGAUGACCCCCUUACACAUGUUUUUUCAGUAUAACUUUUCAGGUCGGUUUUUCACAUUUUUGUGGUCUUCUACAAAGUUAUUGGGGUCAACAUAAUACGUAUUUAUAUUAGGGGCCAUUCAUGAAGUACGUCACGCUUUAAUACAAAAAUAUGACGAAGGGGAGAGG